CCGUCCAGCCAUCCACAUAAACCUUUACACUCCCCAUCGUCCAAACAUCCCAUUUAAGAAAAUUGUAAACAAAUGAUUCGUCAAAACCUCUCGGAACAGUCAGAUUCGAAUCACGGAUCAUGGAUCCAUGAUUUUGAUAAUUGUACUGUAUUGGAUUUCCUUAUUCGGAGCACUGGAUCUCCGCUAUAUAUUUACCACCAAUUGACAACUUCUUCGGCUUAAUUGGGCAAAUCCGUCUUCACGAUACGGGACGAUCUCCUCUUGGACGAACACGACAGGGCGGUGGCAUCAAUUGCCUCCACUAUAUGCCAGUUUUAUGCUCGAAAAAGGCAUUUCGGAUAGACCAUGAAUCUACCAACAGCGCUCGACAAUCACACUAUCAGCGGGAUAGGAUGGUUGACACUUCGGGUCUAUCCAAUAUACUGAGAGUGGAUACUCAUACUAAAGCCGCCUUGGUGGAGCCCAAUGUUCCCAUGGACACUCUUGUUGAAGCUACUCUUCGACACGUUUGGUACCCCCCGUUGUCAUGGAGUUUCCAGGAAUUACUGUGGGCGGUGGAUUUGCUGGAACUAACCUCCGCCCUCUCACUCAUUCUACCGAAAAGGGGUAAAACUUCCUCCGGAAUGGUUAGAGGAUAAACUAGCCAAAAAGCGUUCAAGCUUCAGUCAAUAUGCUGUUUCACGGAAAGAACUCAGUUCGUCUGGUUUAACGUAGUGUCUACCCACCGGGUUAGGCACCAGAGUUUUGCUGAUUUGCACCUUCGGGGUAUUUUGGCAGGUGGUGGAAAUUGACAAAAGCGAGUUGAGCAAAGGGGGUCUGUUUGCUUUCUGUUCGGAACUGAAUACAAGAACAUUUACAAUCUCG